AUGGUUGAAAAGCCAGCCAGCUUAACUGUCAAUCUUCUCAUGACAGACGGCCUCUCAAUGGGCGCCAAUACUCCAGGCACAAGCUCUCCACCCCAUCUGGCCAACUUGGUAACCUGGAAUGGUUCUAUCGAUCCCGACAAUCCCCAGAACUGGCCGCGGUCGACCAAGCUCCUCAGAUCUGCAGCACCACUAGCAGUGAUCUUCUCCAUAGCCUUUGCAUCCAGCAUCUUCGGCUCCGCAUCAAACAUCACGGCCAAAGAAUAUGGUGUAUCGGAAGAGGUAAUGAGCCUUGGUGUUGCCCUCUUCGUCGCGGGCUUCGCCGUCGGUCCACUCAUCUUCGCGCCCAUGGCAGAAGUAAUAGGCAAUGCACCCCCAAUGGCCAUUGCCCUGGCCGGCUGUGCAAUCUUCCAGAUCCCACUCGCGGUAGCCAACGGCGUCGCCACCAUCCUCGUCAGCCGCUUCCUAGCAGGAACCUUCGGGGCUGGUGGGUUGGCAGUGGGAUCGGGCAUCCUGGCUGAUAUCUACGGGCCCAUCACACGAGGCGUGGCAGUGGGCAUGUCUGCAACAGUCAUGAACCUGGGCAGCAUUAUAGGCCCAAUAGUAGGCGCAUAUAUCGUCGACCGAUACGGCUGGCGCUGGACAGCAUGGACAACACUCAUCCUCUGCGGUGCAGUCGGCAUCCUCUGUCUUGCCCUCCUCCGCGAGUCAUCACACAACCGGAUAUUGAUGCGUCGCGCUGCCCGGCUCCGCCAAGAAACAGGGAAUGAAAAGCUGCGCGCACAGGCUGAGAUGGCUUCUCUAGACCCGAAAAUCCUGUUGCGGAAGUACUGCACGAAGCCAGUGCGGAUGUUCGUCCAGGAACCCAUCUUGAUCGUCAUGACCAUCUACCUGACACUGGUCUACGGCUCCUUAUAUCUAUCUUACCAGCUAUUCCCACGCCAAUUUCAAAGUCGAGGGUGGAGCAAACCUGCUGCCACGCUUCCAUUCAUAGCCGUUGGUCUGGGUGUGUUAACAGCGCUGGGACUGUUCUCGACGUUCACCAUGACAGUAUAUAAACGGCGAUGGAUGGCUGCGCAGAAAAGCAAGAACUCGAGUGAAUCUCAAGCGGGCACGCCAGUUCGAGUCGCCCCCGAGGGUCGAUUACCUCCUAUGGUAUUUGGGGCUGUAUUGCUACCGCCGGCUUUGUUGUGGUUUGGCUGGACGGGGAAUACACAUUGGAUUGCUCAGGUAAUUGCAUGUUAUGCGAUUGGGCUGGCGCUGCAAAUUAUCUUCAUCAGUGGUAUUGUUUAUAUCGUUGAUGUGUAUCUGCUCAACACUGUUUCUGCUAUUAGCAUUCAUGUUAUGGUGCGAAGUCUGGUAUCCGCUACAUUCCCUCUGUUUGAGCGGCCGAUGUACGAGAUGCUGCAUAUAAACUGGUCGGCGACAUUGUUGGCUGGACUGUCAGCUAUUAUCAUGGUGUCUCCGAUCCUGUUGAUCAUCUUUGGGUCUCGCAUUCGAAGUUGGAGUAGAUUUUCCGUCGGGGGCAUAUAG